AUGGCCGGUCCUAGCAAGUCCCUGGUCCUUGACCCGGCCCUGCAGAAAUACUACGAGGUCACCACAAACCGCUACAAGCACUUCCGCUGGACGCCCCGCACUGCAUGGCACUCGCUGCUCUACAUGGUCCUGAUCCCGGCUUCCUUGGGCUAUGUUGCUUACAAGACUGAUGGCAAAUACGAUCUCCGUGGAAAGAGAAAGGGCGACACCAUUGCUGAGUGGUAA